GCUCUCCCCACCACAUCGCCGUGCCUGCCACUACUUGACCGUUCCUUUUGCUCCCUCCGUGCAGACACAUCCCCGCGGGAAUUUUCAAUUUCCACCCCCGACUGUCGGUAGAGCUGCAGCCUUUAAAACUCGCACAAUCCACUCAGUUCCUGUCAAUUGCUGUCAAUUCUUGCCUGUCACCUGUCAAACUUUGCCCCUCCACCCCUCCACGACUAGCUUUUGUUAGUUCUAUCCACACCACUUCACUUCACUUCACUUCAUCUCCUCUCUCACCCAAUGCCGGGCUUCUCGCAGGCUACGGAGCUAUCAGCGUGGACUGCGCUCCAGCACCACCACGAAAAGCUUGGGAAGGACAUUGUUCUGAAGGAGUACUUCAAGAAGGAUCCCCAGCGAUUUGACAAGUUCUCCUUCACCUUCCACAAUGAGGCGGAUGACUCGGAUACAUUGUUCGAUUUCUCCAAGAACUUCGUCACCGAAGAGACGUUGAAACUCCUGGUCGAACUGGCAAAGCAGGCCAAUUUGGAGCAGCUCCGAGAUGAUAUGUUCAAGGGCGAGAAGAUCAACUUCACCGAGCAUCGUGCCGUCUACCAUGUAGCUCUCCGCAACGUCUCUAACCAGCCCAUGCAGGUUGACGGCCAGAGUGUCGUCGAGGACGUCAACAACGUGCUCGAACACAUGAAGAAGUUCUCGGAGCAGGUGCGAAGCGGGGAGUGGAAGGGCUUCACGGGGAAGCGCGUGAACACCAUCAUCAAUGUGGGCAUUGGUGGAUCCGACCUCGGUCCUGUCAUGGUCUCAGAAGCUCUCAAGCCGUACGGGGACCGCAAUUUGAAGCUGCACUUCGUCUCCAACAUUGACGGCACACACAUUGCCGAGGCGCUCAGGGACUCAGAUCCAGAGACGACUCUUUUCCUCAUUGCCUCCAAGACAUUCACCACGGCUGAGACGACGACCAACGCAAACACGGCCAAGGCAUGGUUCCUGCAAAAGGGCAAAGAGUCUGAUAUUGCCAAACAUUUCGUGGCGUUGUCGACAAACGAAGCCGAAGUCACCAAGUUUGGAAUUGACAAGGAGAACAUGUUCGGUUUCUCCGACUGGGUCGGUGGACGAUAUAGCGUGUGGAGCGCCAUUGGCUUGAGCGUCUGCCUCUACAUUGGCUUCGAUAACUUUCAUCAGUUCCUCUCCGGUGCCCAUGCCAUGGACAAGCACUUCAAGGAAACUCCGCUGGAGAAGAACAUCCCAGUUAUUGGCGGCCUGUUGAGUGUUUGGUACUCUGACUUCUUCGGAGCGCAGACACAUCUCGUCUCCCCCUUCGAUCAAUAUCUCCAUAGAUUUCCCGCCUACCUCCAGCAACUGUCCAUGGAGUCUAAUGGAAAGGCUAUUACCCGCAAGGGCGACUACGUGAAAUAUACGACCGGCCCGAUUCUCUUCGGCGAACCAGCUACAAACGCCCAGCACUCGUUCUACCAACUUCUCCACCAGGGCACUAAGCUCAUUCCAACUGACUUCAUCUUGGCCGCUCAGAGCCACAACCCUGUUGAAAACAACAAGCACCAGAAGAUGCUGGCGUCUAACUUCUUUGCACAAGCCGAGGCUCUCAUGGUCGGGAAGACUCCUGAUGAGGUCAAAGCAGAGGGUGCUGUCCCAGAAUUGGUCUCCCACAAAACUUUCUUAGGCAACAGGCCGACAACUUCGAUCCUCGCCGAUAAAAUCACCCCAGCUACCCUUGGGGCGCUCAUCGUGUAUUACGAGCACCUUACUUUCACCGAGGGCGUAGUCUGGAACAUUAAUAGCUUCGAUCAGUGGGGUGUGGAACUCGGUAAAGUCUUAGCCAAGAAAAUCUUGGCAGAGCUUGAAGAGCCCGGUGAGUCAACGAAGCAUGAUGCCAGCACAAGCGGACUCAUCAACGCCUUCAAGAAGAAGGCAGCUUUGUAAACAGGUGCACCUGUACAGAUUGACGGGAAAGGUUAUGACUGAUGACGGGAUAAAAGCAAAGUUAGGAAGGAUUCAUAGACCAUAACUGGACAGCUUUGUGACGCCAGUGCAAAUAAACAUUGUCC